UUUCCGGUCGAUUAAAUAACCAACUACCAAGAUUCAAUAAGCAGUCUCUAUUGCAGUUGGGGACAUUUUCGGUCGGUGUUCAGAAAGCCAUUUCUAUUCCCACUUGCAUCUGCUGGAGAAUGAAAAACAAUUUGUGCAGUUAAGAAAAGUGUUUCCGCUGCUGAUACUGACGGACAGAUUUCAAGACUGCUUUGCUGGAUUGUGGAGUCAAAACUAGGAAUUUUUAAUCAACUUUGUGUGGAAGUUGUUUGGAAAGCUGGAAUCGAAGUAGAAGUCGCUGAAUCUUACGAAACCGGAGUCGGAGUGGAAAAAAGCGAUCCACCUCCGCAGCUCUUCUAGUGGGUUUCGUCGCAUCGUCAACGUACUGUCAGCCUCAUCAAAUCAAAAGAAAAGUAAGUACUUAUCUUAUUUACUUGGUGUGUGUCACUUCUUUGUCGUUUUCAGGGCGCCAAAUUUGUGAUUUCGUCUGGAAAACUCUCGUCGCUCGCGCACGGCUUGUUUUUCCUCCCGAAUCAACCUCAGAGAUUAUCCGGCUGCUCCUCCCUUUUCUCCGUUACGAUAGCUUCCACAAGCAGCAGCAUGGCCAUCACGAUCGUGACCAGUGUCGACCAGUACAACAAACUUAUCAGAUCGCCGGCCCUAACCGUGGCGUUGUUUUCCGCUGACUGGGCGGAACAGUGCAAGCAGAUUCUCACGGUGAUGACGGAACUGGCCAAGCAGUUUUCCGCGGUUCAGUUCGUGGACGUUCCGGCGGAUGAACUGUUCGAGGUGGUGCUCAAGCACCAGAUCGAUGCCGUUCCGACGGUGAACUUCUUCCAGGUGGGAAAGGCCGUUGAUCGAAUUGAUGGUGUGGACAUUGCCGCGCUGACGACCAAGUGUCGAAAGCUGGCCGGAGCAGCAACAUCAGUUGGUGGAGGUGUCAAGGAACCGCUUGAGGAUUGGCUAAAGGCGCUCAUCAACCGCGCAAACGUAAUGAUCUUCAUGAAGAGUGGCCGCGACACACAUAAAAAUUGAAUUAAUUUUGUGAUUUUUCCAGCAAUCCGCGAUUUUUUUUUGCAAAAAACACAAUCGACGUUGUCAA